AUGGCAUAUAAAGGAGCACAUUUGGCUUUCAAGUCACGCUGGCACAAAACAGAUGAAGAACUCUGUCGCCACAGCAUGUCCUUUGACUUGCAUAAGGCAAUCCAGAAUGACUUCUUUCAGAGUUACCUUUAUCUGCUGGAAAAGCUUCCCCUGGUGAAACUUUACGCUUUAACAAGUCAAGUUAUCAAUGGGGAGAUGCAGUUCUACGCCAGGGCCAAACACUUCUACCAGGAGGUACCAGCCACAGAAGAGGGCAUGAUGGGAGACUACAUUGAGCUCUCCAAUAUAGACGUUGAAUCCUCCAGGGAAUUUCUCAGGAAGUUUGUUGGGGGGGUGGGGAAAGCCGGCACCAACCGCGCCCUGGACUGCGGCUCUGGGAUAGGUCGGAUCAGCAAGCAUGUCCUGCUACCAGUUUUCAAGAGCGUGGAACUGGUGGAUAUGAUGGAGAAUUUUCUGGCUGAGGUCCCGAACUACCUGCAGGGCAAGGAGGACAGAGUAGAGAUGUAUUAUUGCAAAAGCCUCCAGGAAUUCACUCCAGCCCCACAAAGAUAUGAUGUCAUCUGGAUUCAGUGGGUUUCAGGCUAUCUGACAGAUAAAGAUCUCCUGAAGUUUCUCAUCCGGUGCCAGAACGGCUUGAAGGAUAAUGGUGUUAUCAUUCUCAAGGACAAUGUAGCCAGGGAGGGCUGUAUCCUGGAUUGUCUGGAUAGUAGUGUGAUCCGAGACCUCAACAUCCUCCACAGCCUCAUUGAAAUGAGCGGACUCACCAUCCUACGAGAGGAGAGGCAGGAGGGAUUCCCUGAGCAGUGUGUCCCUGUCUGGAUGCUGGCCAUGCAGAAAAGCCCUGGCCAUUCCUGACUGCAUAAUGUGAUGGCAGAUACUGGACUAUGAAUGAACCACAGGACUGGGGA